CAAACACGCGAAUACCACAGCAGGGAUCAGAGCCAAACAGAUCAGCUUCAGCUCAGCAGUCAGUUAUUUGUUGCUCUCUUUUUCGCUCUCCUCCUGUCGACAUGCAGCCACAACAUGCGAUACUUGGAGCCGCCGUGCUGGGCAUGCUCUUGGCCUUCGGUUGCACGCUGCCCGUGCUGGAUGCCACCUCUGGAUUGGACAAUGCGACCAUUGAAGAGUUGCGCGCCAGCAUCAAUGAUACGCCUAAGAAUCUCUACGUGGUCAAAGCGGUUGUCUAUGAGAUUGGCAUCCUAACCGAGGUGGGCGACAAUGAGACCGAUUUCGAGAGUCAGGAGCGUGUCGAUCUUACUUUCUACGAUGCUCACACUAAUCAGAGUCACAUUGAUCUGGGCAACAUUCCGCUGCCCAUUCAAACCAACGUUUCGGGUCAAGUGCUCACAGGCAUUGCUCCAGUCAACAUUGGCGCCUUCAGCAGUCCUCAAGAGCUGCUGCAAACGUUGCCACUCACAGGAAGCAUCGUGAACAUUACGCAUAGUGACACCGCCUUCUAUCAGCUGACCAAGUCGAACACAAGUGCCCACGAGAAGCCACAACUACUGAGCGAAGACGCGUUAGCCAAGCUAACCCAUGCAGCUCAGCUCUUCCCCAGCUCGAGUGGCUACGGUGCAUCCGCUGCCUCCAAUGAGCUGGCAAACAAUUAAACAAGAAGUUCCCUUUUCAUCACAAAAGAAUACAAAGACGUAAUGCAGUGCGUUGUGCUCCCCACAUAAAAUAAUACUUAGUAGACUUUAAGCUAAAUAGUUAACUUAGUUAUAUCUACAUAUAUCAGCAUAAGACUGGAUGAGGACGAGAUCGUUAGACCCUUUAGAAAAUACCAAGUUUAGUUAGUUGACAUUGCCAUUGCCAUGGUCAAAAUACAAAAUCACAAGGUUGGAAUUUCGCAUUUUGUAUACAACAACAUAUGUAUAAAAUAUAUCACAUUAGUAAUAGCACA